UGUAUGCUGUGAUAAAGGAGGUGACGGCCCUGGUGCCCGUGUUAAGGGACUCUCUGUACACCAUGGCUGUUUACACCCCAAAAAGAACCAAACAGAGACGCCCCAUUUUACUGGCAACUCCUUAUCAACAAGACUUCAACACAUGGCUGUCUCUGUUGAACGAGUCAUGUUGUGCGUCCAGGGAACUUGGAGAGCAUCCAUCCAAACAGGCCCUGUGGGCUGUGACGUGUAAAGGUGACGUCCUGGUGCAUGAGCCGUCACCCAUUCUGGAAGCCCCGGCGCAGUACUUACCCUGCGACCACUUGUUCUGGCAUCAGGUUCCUGCUCAUCUGCUCUGUGUGGAGUCUAACAGUCUGGGUGUGGUGUGGGGCAUUGGUUACGAUCACACCGCUUGGGUCUACACGAGGGGCAGGGUAAACAUACACGCAGCUACCCGUGUCCCUCUCUCUUACUUAGUUUGGACCCUGCAAGUUAAAUAUAUGCUGAUUUGGAUGCUGGUGUGCUGAUCUUCCCAUGAGGCUUCACCAGCGUAUCUUUCUUGGUCAACCCGCUUAACCAAAAAGACCAAGUUUUGCAUCAUGGUCCACCAGUUAGACCAGCACCAAACCAGCAUAAACCACCAGACUGGACCAGGAUGUAAUUCAUGCCGGUCUAAGUUGAACUUUGCAGCAGGAUGGGAUAUUCAGUAUCUACUGCACAGUUCUGGAUUCAACACAUAGUCACUGACACAGAGUCUCCUUCACUAAUAAUUGCACAGAUUACUGCUAUUACUUGAUUACUCACAAUUUGCAUAAAACGCACCCAAAUCAUCUUCUUUUCUUCUUCAUUUAAUGCUUUGCAUUACUAAAAUACUGAAACUAAUAAAAAACGUUAU